UUUUAUGGUUGAAUAAUAAAUAUUGGAGGUUUUGUGUAUUAUAAAAAUAAACUUUUCUUUUAAGAAUUUAAAGACUAUAUAUUUCUGUCAACUAAUGUACCAGAGUUGAGCUGAAUCAAUUAUGUCGAUAUAAUAGUACAGGGAAGUCGUUAGUUAGUUUUUCGUAAUCGUUGAAGUUUACACAAGAAGCAUUAAUUACAAUUUAAAAAAUAUCAAGAUGAGUGUUCCUCCUCCUCCUGCCUGUGACUGGCAAACUACUAAAAGACAAAUCAAAGAAAGGGGCCAACAUCUUCUGGAUACAGGAAUGUGGAGUGAUUGUAGGUUUAUUGUAGGCACGGAGCCCAACCAGCAAGUUUUAGAGGGGCAUAAAUUAUUCUUAGCUAUGUCAAGUCCAGUUUUUGAAGCUAUGUUUUAUGGUGGCAUGGCGGAGAAAGAUCCUAUUGCAAUUCUUGAUGUGCAACCAGAUGCGUUUCGAGCACUCUUGGAGUACAUAUACACAGACACUAUCAACCUCACAUCCUUUGACCAAGCAUGUGAGCUUUGUUAUGGGGCGAAGAAAUAUAUGUUGCCUCACUUAGUUGAAGAAUGCACAAAAUAUUUAUGGUCUGAUUUAUACCCCAAAAAUGCUUGUAGAGCUCACGAAUUCGCAAAACUUUUUGAGGAACCAAUUCUCAUGGAAAAAUGUUUGAAUAUUAUUUGCAACCAAACUCAAGAAGUAUUAUCAGAAAGUAGUUUUGAAGAGGCUGAACUGAAUACAAUUAUCACCAUAUUUGAGCAAGAAGAGCUAAAUAUUAAAUCUGAAUUAGAAUUAUUUUCUGCUUUACAGAGAUAUGUUGCAAGACAUAAUUUAACCGCAGAAACUUCAAGCAAUCAUCAGACUUAUCGGGACGCUUUAAUGAAAAUUCGAUUUUUGACAUUAACACCUCAACAGUUUGCAGAAGGUCCGGCAAUUUCACACCUAUUGACCCAAGCAGAAAAAUUCUCAAUACUGAUGAAUAUUUGUUCUCCAAGUGCUGCAAAUCCAAUGCCUGAAGGAUUUUCAACCUCAACCUAUCCUAGAAAGAGAAAACCAUUAAAUUUAAGACAUACUCUGUUUAUGGCUGGACCAUCGAAUAUGGAGAUGGAUACGUCAAGAACUUCAAUGAUCACAUUUCCUUCCUCAAACAUUGAAAGUGGAAAUGAAUCUUCAAAAAGAUUUUACUGUUCCCGGCCUCUGCUGAGUAUCACUGAGUGCAUGAAUAAUACUGUUCUUGAUUGUGCACUCACGUUUCGUUGCGACAAAAACAUUGGUAUUUAUGGAAUAGAAGUUCCUGCACAAAUGGGAAGGAAAGAUGAUGAAAGAAUGCAGCAAAACACCUAUGCAGAGUUGCUUUAUGCCCACCUUUUAGAUGCCGAUGGCAGCAGACUAACAUAUACUCACUUUACAAGUAGAGUAGAAUACGGCUCAAUUAUUGAAAUAUUCUUCAACAGACCUAUUUAUAUCCAAAAAAAUAAGAUUUAUAAAGUUGGUGUUGUUCUCAACAAAACUGGAGUGUACCCAAUUGGUACAUAUCCCUCCACAUCAGUUUCUAACGGAGUUCUGUUUUCAUUUUCCCAAGGGUUUUCUGGUGAAAACGCAAGAGAUGGAUUGAUUCGUUCCAUUAUAUUUUCCAUGUCGAACCCAAACAAUGCAUCGAACUUCACUCCAACAUACCAAAAAAUGUCGAAUAUAUUAUAAAAUUGUAAUAUUAGAAACAAUAUUAUCUCAAUGAAAUUCUAAACUGAUGCUUCUGUUUCAUUAUAAUAUAGUUUUGAAGUCCAUGAAUGUAGAUUUUGUUUAAAAAUUCAUUCGAUUUUUUUUUGUAAUCAAAACAGAAAUAUUUUGUUCUGUGAAUGUUUCAAGUGUCUUUACAUGCAAGGUUUGUUGACAAUUUGUAAAUGAAAGAUUUUAUGUUUUAUAUAAUAAGAAACACUUUUGCAGUGUUUUAAAUUAAAUUGUGUUUGUGAUGUUGCUAAGAAUGUGUAAUUUAUUCUACAAAUAUAUUUCUCAAACUUA